GCACGGCCGUGGGGGCGGGCUGGUAGCAGGGCGCCGCCGACGCGCCAGUGCGCGCCCGCCCAGGUCCGACACUCGACGUCGGCUCGUCACCCAUACAAGACACCCGCUAUAACGAUCAUUAUUUAAAUCGAAAACGAGCUCGACAUAAUCCGCCAAAAUGUUUAAAAGUCAUUUAGAAAUGAUUGGCAGGAAUGAGACGCCGUCAAAGAAGGCCAGGUUCUGGCAGUCCUUCGUGCGAUCUCUAAAAGGAUCGGAAGACAUCAGAGCCGAAGAGAGGUACAGGCCAUCACGCCGCAGCGUGUUCCCUGAGCUGCUCUCCACCUACCCCUACAGCAAAUCUAUCUACGAUGACCCCAUAGGUGCCGCUGAAAGGAUCACCGUCCCUGGCUACCGCUACCUGCCCGUCCACCGUGAAGUCUACGGAUACUCCCCGCGUCCGAUCUACGCUCACAACUACCCUCGCUCACUCGACUCAUACAGGCCAAUUUACCACGUGCCAAGGCGUAUCCGACGAGGAGUUGAUCCCUUCGACGCUCACAAGGCGUGGCAAGACCAUCUUGACAGAUUGGCCGCCAUCGACCGUCUGUAUCCUUCCCGUUACGGCCUCUACCUGAAGGACCGGGCCUACCCCAUCACCGACUUGUCCGCACCCAUCAUCGACCCCCUUCAGCCUAAGAGCCUUAAAGGCAUCGAAUAUGAGCCUGACAACAAACCACACUGGGGAUCAGGAUCGUGGCCGUCGAGGAUAUCGGACGUGUUCAAUAAGGACCCAUUUUUCGCUGAUGCCGAAAAAUGGACAGGUUUUGAUCGUUCACUCCGAGGGAAGUCUCCAACACCCGUGAAGCCGAGAAUAAGCCCGCCCCGCGACUGCGAGGUCGCUUUUGAUGCGGAUGGUGCGCCAUUGUACAACGCCGGCGGACUGAGACGCAGGCCGUGGGCGGACAUUUUCAACCCGAGCCCGUCUCUGCCAAUUUCUGCCAUCACGAGGGACCCCUUCUGGUACGAUUGGCCGGAGCUGAGACCCAUGGCUCGAUGGGACAGGAGCCCGUCCUACAUCCGCGAUUCGUACCUGUCACCAGUCAAACGCACCUUCCUCUGGGACAAACACCCUAUCAGGCCCUUAGAUUUAAUGGUGGCAGACUUAUUCACAGUGGGCGAUCUAAGCAAGACUUUACCCUAUGUUCGUAGUCUAUAAAUGAAUGUGGGGUACCUUCUAUAGCUGCUGCUUUUUAAGGGACAAUCAAAGAAGAUUCUAUUCAAUGUUGUGCAAGAAUAAUAAGAACAUUUCAUUCACGACUAUUGUAUAAAACUGACUAUGUUAAAAAUAUGUAAUAUAUGUUUCCUCAGCACUAUAUAUUUCACAGCUAAUUUUUUCAAAGAAAAAAUCAAAGACUGCUAUAACAUAGUCACUGCCACGGAAAUAAACUGUUACAUUAAUUGUUUUUAUUAAAUUUAUUUUUAUGUACUUACUCCAAAACUUCUAAAAAAAUAAUAAAAUAAAUAAAAUUUA